AUGAGCACGAGCAAGAAACCAAUAAAAAAACGAAAAUGGCCAUCUUCGCCAUCAUCAACAACAUCACAAGCCAAUCGACGAUUAGGAGUAUUACGUAGUGGACAACGAAACUUGUGGGAUGAUGAUGAUGAUAGUGAUCUUGAACCAUAUGUGAAAUCAAAAAAACCUACCACUAGUAAUAAAACAUAUAUUGUUCUAUCUGAUUCAGAUAAUGAGAAAAAACCAUCUAGACGACGAUCAAAAAGUAAUAAAUCAAAGAAAAAAUCAUCUCGUACUUAUGAUGAAAGUUUAACAUCAGAUAAUGAUCAUAAACCAACAUCAAAAUGUGUUACUUGUUUAAUUUGUUCUAUUCUUACAACAUUAACAUCAUAUAAUUGUUGUUCAAAACAUCUAUCAUUACUUAUUAAUAAUAAAAAUUCUCAUGAUAAUCAUCAAAAACAAACAAUUAAUACGAAUCAAUGGCCAGCAAAGCAAGUUAUGAUUGUGCCAGUAACAGAUGAACUUAUUCAACGUUAUAUAAACCCACAAGAAUUUUUUCAUGUCAAAACACCAACAUCAACACCACCAAUACAUAAAAAAUCUGUCCAAUCUAAUCGAUCAAUUCGAAAAUUCUCAAAAAAAUCAACAAUAACAUCAGAGUCAUCUGAUGCUGAACAUUCAAUUAUAAAAAAAAUAAAAUCAUCAACAAAAUCUUCACGUGUUGAACUUGAACAGCCAAGCUCUUCAUCUAUUAUAGUUGAAUCAGUACUUCCACCAAAUUCAGGAAAAAUUUCACAAGAUACAACAUAUACUGUUAUUACGUCAACAUCAACAUCAACAACAAUCAAUAGUUUCGAAAGUCCGAAUAUUCUUGAUACUUGUCAAAUACUACAAUCAUCUGAUCAACCAAUUAUUAUUUGUGAUUCUCAACCGGAUACUCAACAAGAUAAUUUAGUAAUUCCUAAUACGCAAAAAACUCAAACAAAUGAUCUAUGGACACCAAUUAGUGAUGAAACAUAUGCUGCUAUUGAAACAACUCUUCAUCCAAUUGAUUCAUCGUCACAAGAGCAAAAUGAAUUUACACCAACAACAGCUCGACGUACACCAACAGAUUUAAUGGCAUCUCGUUUACCUAAAAUUCAAUUAAAAAAAGGUCGAUUUUGUCAAGGUAAACCUAUUGCUGAUAAAAAUACAUCUGAUACAACGACAAAUGAAUGUCAAUCAUCAACAAUUUGUCAAUCUUCUUCUUCGACUUCAACAUCGACAUCCGUUAUUAUUACAAAACCGGUACCGUCAGCAUUAGCAACUAUUAUUGAAGAUGAAUCACUUAUUAUUCAAUCAACACAUCAAAUAUCAAAUAAAUCUUCUCCAUCAUGUCAUGGAUUAUCACAACGACAAGAAAAUACAACUGAAGGUCUUAGUGAUACUGUCAUGAGUUGUUUAUUUGCUCAAGAUGAAUCAAGUGAACAUGAUAACAUUCAUAUAAUGACAAAAACAAUAUCUAAUGAAGCACUUCCUUCUCAUCUUUCUCCUCCUCCUCCUCUUCCUACUAUUAUUAUCGAAGAUUAUUCUCAUAAAAAUGAUAUUAGUAAUAAAUCAGUAGAUAUUUCUCAAUUAUCUCAAUUAACAAAUGAUCAAACUGAUCCUGAACAAUUAAUUCCAUCGAUUACAAAUGGAAAACGAACAAGAGUAGCAAGAAGAUCAUAUCGUAUGAAUCCCGAUGGAUCACGAGUUAGUAUGUCACGAUCAUCAGUAUCAACAUAUCAUCAAUUAUCAUCAACUUCAUUACGUCGAGUAAGGAAAUAA